UUGGAAGAAAAAGUCCGACUAGCAGGUAGAGCUGGGAGAAGAAUAAAGUUUAUUUCUAAAUAACCCUACUCGCUCCUUCAAAGAUCCCUCGGUUACCGGCAGUUGAUCCAAGAGAUCAAAAUUCAGACAAAGGGUAGAUGAAUAUACAACUUGUCAGUCCCAGUCCCUGGCUUCGUUCCGGUGGUAGUGAGCGAUGGAGCCAAGCGAGAGCAAGCACCUAUAUUGGGAUUUGGAUGCUGAAGGACCUGGUUUGCGCCGAGGUUUGCACCGAUAUUUGGAUUUGGAUGCUGAAGGACCUCGUCGGCAUGGUUGGCGUCAUUCGUAUCGUGCAGGCCCUUCAUUCAUAGGCAACAACCAUAUGGUUACCAUGGAGAGGGACAGAGCUUUGAGACUGAACAGGGUGAAAGAUGUCCUAUGCCUUAUUUUGUCAUAUCCUCCUUUCAGCUCGGCAAUCAAAAAGAGUCACGAAGGUUGGAUUCUUGAUGUUUUGGCGAUUAAUCAGAAACUAAGAGAAGCAGUUUACAGGAAGAAAGAAAUCGAUGUUUCAGAGCUCUCUCCUAGAAUCAGUCUACUGCUUGAUCAUUCAAUCCACGAUAUUGAAGCUUAUGUUCGACCAGAAUUCAUUGAGAAGAUGCAAAGGGGGACUGAAUGGGGUAGAACACCUACUACAAAAGUGUACAAUUUGGCUAUUGAUUUUGCUUUUCGCCAAAUUUUACAAGUUAUAGAAAUUCCCAAAUUUCAGAGGAUUUUGAUCUCUGGCAGAGAUGAUGCAGGCCUCCUCACGUCAAGAUUGAAGAAUCUACAGCAAGAAAAGGAAAUGUUUGAUCUUGUCAUUCACGUUAAGGCCUCGUCUUGUAAAAGUGCUAGAGAUAUUGAAGAUGUCAUUGCAAGAGAACUGGGUCUCUCAACAUCCAGCAGACAGGAAGUGGAUGGAUUGCUGCAAAGCAAAAGCUUUUUGAUCCUUCUUGAUGAUGUUGAUCUUGCUUCAACGAGAAAUCUGAACAACGUGGGGACCAAUUGGUGGAACUCAAAGAAGUUUCAAAAGAUGGUUUGUACAACUUGCUCUAUGGGAAGGAGAGCUGAUCACACAGAAGCCGAUCUGGAGAUUAGGUUGGAGGAUCAUCUGUUCACAUGGGAGUUAUUUUGUAGGGAAGUUGGCGAUGUUGUUCAUUUUUCAGGCAUCCAACACCUUGCAAUACGCAUGGUCAAAGAGUGCAAGGGUCAUUUACUUGUCAUUGUUUUAAUGGCAACAGCCUUGAGAGAUAUUGAUGAGGUUCACACAUGGGAAUGUGCAUCUCUUGCAUUGACCUUACAACCCACUCAGUUGAGAGACGAUGAUGUCUUAUUUAAUGCAUUAGCAUUCGUCUGUGGACGUUUAGGGUCUGCAAUGAACUGUUUGAAGUACUUAGUAGAAAUGGGAUGCUGGGGAGGGUUAAAGGAAGGAGAUUUGAUUGGCAGGUGGAUCACAGACGGCUUAAUUAGCACAGUGGAUGAAGGAAAAGAGAGGGUUCGGCAUCUUGUUGACGCCUUCUUGUUCAAGAGGUCUUGGAAUAGAGGUCCUUAUUUUGUCAGAAUGCACAGUAAAAUCCAUGAGGUCUUGCUAAAUAUGUUAGGACCUAAAAGAGAGUCACUAUUUCUUUGGCUAGGGGGAAAGGGAUUAACUGAGCCACCAAGAGACGAGGCAUGGGAAAAAGCCAGUGAGGUACAUUUGAUGAACAAUAAACUGUCUGAGCUACCGAAGAGUCCACAUUGCCCUAAACUCAGGGCACUGUUCUUACAAGCCAAUCAUGGUCUGAGAGUUAUUCCUCCAAUAUUCUUUGAAGAGAUGCCUAGCCUACAAUUUUUAGACUUGUCCAACACUACAAUUAGAUCUUUACCACCAUCUCUUUUUGAAUUGGUCCAACUCAGAAUCUUCCUUCUAAGAGGAUGUCAACUUCUCAUGGAGUUACCAUCUCAAGUUGGUAAUCUCAUAAAUCUUGAGGUGCUUGAUCUUGAAGGGACCGAAAUUAUAAGCCUACCUGUGAAUAUCAAAAUGCUGACCAACCUCAAGUGCCUUAGAGUGUCCUUCUAUGGGUACAGUGACCAAACUGAACAAAAUAACCAAUCGUCAGAUACAAUGAUUCCCUGCAACGUGUUAUCAGAACUCACUCAAUUGGAAGAGUUAGGCAUACAUGUAAAUCCAGAUGACAAGCGAUGGGAUGCAAACAUGGAAGUUGUUAAGGAAGUCGGCAGCUUCAAACACUUGGAGACUCUUAAACUUUACUUGCCAGAGGUUAUACUUGUGAAUGAGUUCAUGGGGAGUGGAACAUCAACGAGAAACCUAUCAUUGAUGAACUUCAGGUUUAUUAUUGGCAGCCAUCGCAAGCGCUUUGUAUCUCGACUACCACAAGAAAUUGCGGUCAAAUUUGAACAGCAAGAAAGAUGCUUGAAGUAUGUCAAUGGUGAAGGUAUCCCAAUGGAAAUUAAGAAGAUACUCGAACAUGCUACUGCUCUGCUUUUGGAACGCCAUUUAACUCUUACUAAACUGUCUGAAUUUGGGAUUGAAAAUACAAUGAAGCUAGAAUUUUGUGUAUUGGGGGAAUGUAGCAAGAUUCAAACCCUUGUGGAUGGAGCAGAAAAUUAUAGACAAGGAGAUGAUGAUGGAGAUGUUCAUCAAAAAAUGAUACUUGGAUCACUCCAAUACUUGAGGCUUCACUACCUGAAGAAUUUAGGCAGUAUAUGGAAGGGGCCAAUCUCGAAGGGUUGCCUAUCCAGUCUCAAGUCUCUAGAAUUGUAUGCAUGCCCCCAAUUGAAGACCAUUUUUACUUUGGCUUUGCUUGAAAAUCUCAACCGUUUAGAGGAGCUUGUGGUUGAAAACUGUCCCAAAAUAAACAGCUUGGUGACUCAUGAAGUCCCUGCAGAAGAUACGCUGCUCAAAACAUACCUUCUACGGUUAAAGAAGAUAUCUCUUCAUUACUUACCUAAAUUAGCCAGCAUUUCAAGUGGUUUACGCAUUGCACCAGGCUUGAAAUGGAUGAGCUUCUAUAAUUGCCCAAGCAUUGAGGCUCUUUCUAACAUGGAAGUUUCUAGUAAUAAUUUGAAGGUGAUUAUUGGAGAGGUUGACUGGUGGAGGGCAUUGAAGUGGCGUAAACCAGUUCUAAGACGUAAGCUGGAUUCUAUAUUUCUCCCUAUUAAAUCAGAUGCUGAUUUGAUGACUCAGUUGGUGGAAAUUGGUAAUCAACGUCUAGCUCCCAAGCAAGAGAGAAAUCCAUCUCAGCAGUCAGGUUCUGAUGACUCCUUGAAGCCCCCUGUAGUAGAUGCCUUGAAGGCCCUUGCAGUGGAGGCUUUGAAGGCCCUUGCAAUGGAGGCAGGAACCACCUCAGUGGAUAAGCAACGUCAUGAGCCUUCUCCAUUGCCACUGUUGCCUCCUUCCACAAAGAGCUCCUUGAAGGCCACUGUAGUAGAAGCAGGAACCACCUCAGAGCAGACGCAGCUUUCUGAGCCCACGCCACAGCCACUUUUGUCCUUGUCCACAGAGCAAGACACUGUAGAGAUGGCUGAUGCAGCAGAAGUUGACUUGCAUAGAGUUGGGAGAAGCUUAUUAACUUCUGUCAGUUCCAUAAUUGCAUUUCCCAAAGACCUGACAAGAAACUAUAAAAUGUUGACAGAAGGAGCAGAAGAGCUCAAGGCACUGAAGUAUGAUAUAUUGGAAGGAAGGGGGCAUAAGAAAAGCCCGGCCAUGAGAGAAUGGAUGGAUCAGGCUGAGAUGAUCAGCAAAGAAGUGAACGAACUAGAAGCUAAAUACAAUGAUGAAAUGGAGCAUCCAUGGAGGCUGGUUCAUUUUUGGGAACACUCGUAUCUUAGCAAAGUCAUGGUGAAGAAGCAUAAUCAAGUUCAAAGUCUUUUGGAAGAAGGACAUGAUAAAAGAAGAGUAUGGAUCGAGGAAUUGCCAGAACCUGUCAGGAAAAUACGUGCAGCGAAGAUAGAAGACAACUCAUCACUGCACAAAGUUGUAGAAGAUGUAGUGAGUUUUCUAGAGGAUGAGCAAAUAAGAAGAAUAGGAAUCUGGGGAACAGUGGGAACUGGGAAAACCACAGUAAUGCAGAACUUGAACAAUCAUCAAGAUAUUGCUAAAAUGUUUGAUAUUGUCAUCUGGGUAACCGUCUCAAAGGAGUCGAGCACAAAAAAGUUGCAAGAUGCAAUCAUGCAGAGGCUAAAAAUGAAUAUGGAGGGCACUGUUAGCAUUAAGGAAAAUUCUCACAGAAUUUCUGAAGAGCUAAAGGGAAGGAAGUGUCUGAUUCUUCUGGAUGAAGUUCAUGACUUUAUUGAUCUACAUGUGGUAAUGGGAAUCAACGACAAUCAGGAGAGCAAGGUGGUGUUGGCAAGUACGAUCCGUGGCAUUUGCAAUGACAUGGAAGCUGAUGAGCUAAUCAACGUAAAACCAUUGUCAGAUCAUGAAGCUUUCAACAUGUUCAAGGAAAAGUUGGGUUGGUCUAUUUACUCCCCAGAAAUUGAACAAGCAGCUGAACAUGUGGUUAGAGAGUGUGGUGGUUUACCCUUGCUGAUAAACAUUGUAGCCAUGAUCUUGAGAAAUAAAGGGGAAGAUAUUUCCCUUUGGAUAGAUGGAUUGAAACAUCUACAAAGAUGGGAGGAUAUAGUAGGCAUGGAUCAAGUGAUUGAAUUCCUGAACUUUUGUUAUGAUUAUUUAGAUAGUGACACAAAGAAGGCAUGUUAUCUGUAUUGUUCGCUAUUUCCUGGAGAAUAUGAUAUUAAUGUAGAUUACCUACUAGAGUGUUGGAAAGCUGAAGGCUUUACUCCUGGUACGGUGGCUUUUAGAGAUGCACGACACCAAGGACAUGUCAUAUUGGAUGAUCUUAUCAACCUAUCAUUGUUAGAGAGAAGUGGCAAGGGGAAAUGUGUUAAGAUGAACAGAAUUCUUCGGAAAACGGCUCUUAAAAUCUCUUUGCACAGUGAUGGCUCGAAGUUUUUGGCAAAACCGUGUGAGGGAUUACAAGAUUUCCCAGACAGUAAAGAGUGGGAAGAUGCAAGUCGAAUCUCUUUGAUGAAUAACCAGCUCUGCACUUUACCAAAAUCUCCAAGCUGUCACAAUCUCUCAACAUUAUUGCUCCAGAGGAAUAAUGGCUUGAGUGCUAUUCCUCCCCCCUUCUUUAAUUCUAUGCAUUUACUUCGAGUUCUGGAUCUGCAUGGGACUGGUAUCAUAUUAUUACCUUCAUCUAUAUCCAAGUUGAUUCAUCUUAGAGCGCUCUAUUUAGAUUCUUGCCCCCACUUGAUAGGACCCUUGCCUGAAAUAAGAGCACUUACGAAGCUUGAGUUGCUUGAUAUUCGAGGAACUAAAAUUCCGUUUCGUCACAUUGGAAGUUUAAUAUGGUUGAAGUGUUUGCGAAUAUCAUUGUCUAGUUUUUCCAUGGGAAUCAAAUUGGGGAGCAUCUCAGCUUUUGUUUCAUUGGAAGAAUUUUGUGUUGAUGAUGAUGUGUCUGUAGAAAAGCAUUCUGAGGAUUUAAAGGAUGUUACCGAGGAGGUGAUUACCUUGGAAAAAUUGACUUACCUUCAAUUUUGCUUCCCUUCGGUGGACGUCCUUAGUUUGUUUGUCCUUAAAAGCCCAGCGUGGAAGAACACAAGCUUCUCAUUUCAAUUUUCUGUUGGUUACCAGGACUCAACCUACUCUCACUUUCUGGAGUCUUGUGAUUAUCGAAGCCUCAAUUGCUUGAAAUUGGUCAUUGAUGAAGGCAUGCAUCCUGUAAUCGCAGAGGUACUUAUGGUGACAGAUGCAUUCGGAUUAAGUAACCACAAGGGAGCUUCAGCACUAUCAGAUUUUGGCAUUCAGAACAUGAAAAACGUGUUAGUUUGUUCAGUUGAAGGGUGCAAUGAAAUUAGCUCCAUCAUAUGUGGUGAUGGAAUAGCAAAUAGUGUGCUAGAAAACUUGGAUAUUUUGUAUAUCAAGAACGUCCCAAAAUUGAGAAGCAUUUGGCAGGGGCCUGUUCCUGAGGGAAGUCUAGCCCAGCUAACCACUCUAACAUUAACUAAAUGCCCAGAGUUGAAGAAGAUAUUUUCCAACGGCAUGAUUCAACAGCUUUCUAAACUGCAGCACUUGAGAGUAGAAGAAUGUCAUCAAAUUGAAGAAAUAAUAAUGGACUCUGAGAACCAGGUAUUAGAAGUCAAUGCACUUCCAAGACUGAAGACUAUAAUACUCAUUGAUCUCCCAAAACUGAGAAGCAUUUGGGUUGAUGAUUCAUUGGAGUGGCCUUCCUUACAAAGGAUUCAGAUAUCUAUGUGUUACAUGUUGAGGAGAUUGCCUUUCAACAACACCAACGCAACCAGAUUGAGACACAUCGAAGGACAACAGUCAUGGUGGGAAGCGCUAGAAUGGGAAGAUGAUGCCACAAAACAAAGAUUACAGUCUCUAUGCAUCCUCAACUAGCUCCUCAGAUUUCUGUGCAGCAGUUUCAAUUUAAAGCUGAUUGAGAUGGUUGCAGCCUCAGCCAAAGGUUUGUGUGUGGAUUCAAAAACUUUAGCAUAAAUGUUUAAGCUAUGCUACCUUGGCUUACAUUUUAUCUAGACUUGCCAACUUGAUUUGUAUCUGUUUGAGAUUUGCUUUCUUUGUUUGUAUGUUUGAGAUUUGCUAUUGUUUGAGAUGUGCUACUUGUAUGUUUUUUUUUAAAUAUUUGCUACAUUGGAUUGACUUUGUUUAAAGGUUUGUUUGAUCUGAUUA